AUGAGUGAAAUAGCGUAUAAACAAUUGCACCAAUUCCAUUGCGGUGCAUUAGCCUUUCCAGAAAGAAGUUCUUUGGUUUCCAUAUGUCCCCAUGGAUGUUUUGUUUGUGUUUCUGAUCGUGGUCUCCUUUUGUAUGAUACGAAAUAUUAUUUGGAAGCUACUGGAAUAUGCAAACUUCGAAGAGAUAAACCACUCCCUGACCACAAACCGAAUAUUGUUGUUUCUUCGAUUGAUCCUAUAAUCUGGACUGCUUUUAAUUCUGAUGGUUUGAUACUGGCUGUUUUGACGUCCAGCGAAAGUCGUGGGACAUUUGCAAAUUUGCUUAAUGUAGUUGAUCUUGUGAAGUCUGGAUCGACUGAUUUGUCAAAUAUUAGCCGUUCCAUUCGCGUUUGUGGUGGAGAAACUAGUCUAUGGAGGUUACGUGACUUUGCUUGGAGUCCAACUGAUCCGACUACUUUUGUUGUUGUUCUUGAUUCGGGUGCAGUUCGUCUUUUUAACUUUCCGCCAGAUGGAAGUAAAUCAAUCACUCUUGUUGGUCAAUUGUCAGCAACUGCAGACUGUCGAUGUGUGUCCUGGAGUCCAAAAGGGAAACAACUUGCUAUCUGUUUAAAUGGUUCUCUGUCCACUGCAAAUGGAAUUGUACAAGGUCCUUUAAUUUUGCAGGUAGAUCCACAACUACAACAAAAGCGCAUUGUUCCACUUGGUCAUCUGUUCGAAUCAAAUCAUGAUUGGAAGAAUAGUUUACCAGUAGAUCUAUUAUGGACAUCUUCAUAUAAUUUUCUUUUGGCUAUUAAACAAUCUGUAAAUGAAGUGCAUUCAGAUUGUUUAACAAAUGUUUUAUACAUUAGUACAACUUCGAAAUCUCCGGAACCAUCUGCUGUCUCAUUUGGUAAUCUUAGUAGUCAUAUGGAUCAUAACAAAGUACAAUAUUAUUUUCGUUUUCUUGGGCCUAACCAUGUCAUUGUUACAUUGGCAUGUGUCGGUGAAGAGGUAAUUGUUUUAAAACUACCUACAACUUCUGGGAGUUUACCUCAAGUUGUAAUGAGCAUUGAAUUACCAGCUGAUGGUUGUGCUAUGAGUAUGGAUGUUGGAGUUCUUCAGAAUAAAACUGAUGAAUCCGUUGAAACUUCUUUAAUAUACUUUCUAACAUAUUUGUCUAAUGGAAAUAUUUGCCCUUAUCUAUUAAACUCAAAUGAUCAAUUAAAUUUACUCAAUCUAAAUAAUCCUAAAUUAAUUAGUUUGCCGAUACCGAAACCUGUAGUACUUUCAACAACUGAGAAAUCACCAUUGAAUACACCUAAAUCACCUACACUGAUUUCAGCUUCAAAUAAUAAUCCGGCAGUGUCGAUGAUGAUGAUGAUGACUAAUCAAGCAAAACAGAAUGUGAUUACUACAUCGGUUGACUCUGCUAAUGAUCAACAUCGUGUUUCAGAAUUUUUGCCAGUUAAUACAGCCAUUUGUAGUGGUAAUAGUAGUAGCAACAACAGCAGCAGCUUACAAUCGAUAACAUCCUCUAUUCCAUUAAGUAGUUUGAAUAAAAUAUCAACUGAAUCCAAGCUCAGUAGUUCAUUGCACAAAAAUACAAUUACAAAUAGUUCCGUUAAUCAUAUUAAUAGUGUAAAUUCAACGAUUGUUCCUGUUAAUAAAGAAAAUUCUAUUCAUCAAUGUAAAACACCAAUCAACCAUUUGGUGAUUUACCAUUACCUAAAUCUAUACAAUUAG